AUGGCCGAUCACUUUGGGGCGGCUGAAAUCCCUCGUUCCGGGUCACCGGAGAAGCAUGUCAGUGUAGCUGAAGGACAAGAAGAAGUGAAUGAUUGUCCAAUUGAGCAAGUAAGGCUAACAGUUCCGAUCACCGACGAUCCAUUGGUGCCGGUUCUAACGUUUCGGACAUGGGUUCUUGGGAUGACAUCAUGUGCCAUUUUAGCCUUCCUGAAUCAGUUUUUCGGGUAUCGGCAGAAUCAGCUAUACAUUUCAUCAAUAUCAGCACAGAUUAUCACUCUUCCUUUAGGAAGGUUGAUGGCAGCCACACUUCCAACUGCUCAGAUUCGUGUUCCAUUUACAAAGUUGUCGUUUUCGCUCAAUCCUGGACCGUUCAAUCUGAAAGAGCAUGUCUUGAUCACCAUAUUUGCCAAUGCUGGAUCAAACAGUGUUUAUGCUGUGAAUAUUAUUACCAUUGUCAAGGCUUUCUAUCAUAGGGACCUCCAUCCUUUGGCUGCUUAUUUGCUCUCCCAGACUACUCAGGUAUAUCAUAUUCCACGAAGCACGGAUAUUUUGAUAAAGUCAAUGUAUCCGUAUCGGAUACAAUAUUCAUCGGAUACUCAAUCGUAUAUGUCGGAUACACAUCAAACGUAUCCAAUAAUAAAUAAAAUAUAUGAAUACUUCACGGAUAUUUUAGUACGUGUAAUUUUUUGUUUUACUCUUUAA